UUUACUGUGGAGUAUGUAUUUUGUUGACAACGAACAUUCGCUUCCUUAGCAACAAGAUGGCAGAUGAGGCAAAAGAUGUUAGUGAAGGAAUGUCUGAGACUGAUCCUUCUCAUGACCAAAAUGAAGAACACACAGAAUCUAAACAGAAGGAAGUUGGAGAAGAAGGUCAUGCAGAACCUUCUGCCCCAGUUGCUGCAGAGUCGAAGCCUGACCACACAGAAGCUGAAGAAAUGGCUUCUGAUGCUGCAAAUGUCAAAGAAAUUAAAGAUGAGGAUGUGAGCGGCACAGUGGAUGGUGCUGCUGUUCAUGGUACCCCUGCUGAAGGUGCUGAAGAUGAUGGUGGCGGUGGUGGUGGUGGUGGUGGUGUGACGGAGGAUGUUGGUGGUGGUGGUGGUGGUGGUCAUGUUGAUGAGAAAACUGAUGACCAAUUGGUAAGUCAAGAUGGAGAAAGAAAAAAGUCGGAGGCCAAAGUUGAAGCAGGUGAGGCAGAGGAGGCAGGAGAACAACCAGACGAGCCAAAAACGACCAGCCAUGUAGAGAAGGAGGAGGAGGAGGCAAAAGGCACAGAAAUGACUGAAGUCCAAACUGAUGAAAAACAAGUUAAAGCAGAAGGUGAAGAAGGCGAGGAAGGUAAAGAAGGAGAAACAGCAGCAGUAGCAGCAGCUGCGGAAGAAGUUCCAACAGGAGCGGCAGAAACGGAAGCAGAAGAGGGCCGGCCUGAAGGAGAGAAGAAAGAGAGUGAAAAGGAAGCUGAAGAGGCAGUGAUUGGAUUGUUUCCAACUGAAGCUGGUGAAAUGUAUGCAGCAAAAGAUGGUAUUCCAUUGGACCUGGAACAAAUAAUGGAUCUGGACAAGUACCAACAGAGACUCGAGGUCGGGGAAACGCCACUUGCAUACGAAGAAGGUUCGGCACCACCAGAAUUAGAGGCAUAUGACUACGAACAGAAAAGAGACAUGUUGAUGACUCGUUACCAAGCUGCAAUAAAUGUCUUGGAGGAAAUACAAGUUCGGAAUUCCCAUGUACAGCAAAAACUGGCAGAAUUCUUUAAGAAGAAGAAAGCUGAUGACACCCACAUUGAGGCCAAAAGCACUGCAGACCAAGAAGAACGCUAUCUGAAACUGAUGGCACAAAUAGAAGACUUACAGGAGCAAGAGGCGGCCGAAAAGGACCGGCACUACCAAUAUAUUGAAGACCUGAAGCAGAAAUGUUCCGAAAAGAAAGAGAAAGUCGACAGUGAGUUGAUGAAACUCUUUGACUUUAAGAAAGCGGUUGCUGCCUGUGCCAUAAAUAGCCGAACGGGUCAGCAAAUACCGAAAAUGGAUGUUGAACACUAUUUGCAAGCAGAGAAGAAGAGACAAACUGAGGUUUCAAGUAUUCGGUUGGAAAAUAUAAAACUGAAGAACAAAUUGAAGAAAAAGGAACAACAGUUGAAAUCUACGGAGGAACUUGCUGAAGGUUUGCAUUUGAUUGAUUUUGAACAACUGAAAAUUGAAAAUCAAACAUAUAACGAAAAAAUUGAAGAAAGGAAUGAGGAACUACAAAAAUUAAAGAAAAAAAUCAAAAGCACUGUGGAGGUGUUGACCCAUUUGAAAGAGAAAUUACAGUUUAUGAAGUUGGAGAAUAAAAUGUUGGGGGAGGAACUAAAUAAAGUGGAGCUGGCCGUUGUCCAGAAGAGGGACCGGUUGAACAACACGAAACAAGGCCGAGACUAUUUGAGAAAUGAUAACCAGGCACUACAACGCAGCUGUGGCCUGUUGAACAACAAAACCUUGUUAUAUAACUUUGAAGUGCAGAAGGACGAGAGUGAACAACUGCUCCAAGAAGUGGAGAAUCUCAAACUACGAUACACAGAAUUCAACAUGAAUUCACAGAAAUUACAGAAGAAAAUAGCAGCAGCCGAACAUCAGAAAAGUUUGUUGUAGACAACAUAUUCCAAUGGAGUUUGUGACAGCUUUACAUUAAAUUCAUUGAAUGCAAUUGUUUAAA